CCGGGGGCGUGGUCUCGGGCGCGUCGCCGCGCGCCGAGCGGAAUCGGCGGCGGCCGUUGGCCGUUGGCGCGGCUUGGGCGGUUGUCUUGGAGAAGCAAGAUGGCGGCGACGGCGGCCGCGGUGCUGCCGGAGGAGGACACGGAGCUGCGAGACCUGCUGGUGCAGACGCUGGAGAACAGCGGGGUCCUGAACCGCAUCAAGGCUGAACUCCGAGCAGCUGUGUUUUUAGCCCUAGAAGAGCAAGAGAAAGUAGAGAACAAAACUCCUCUAGUCAAUGAGAGCCUGAGAAAGUUCUUGAACACGAGAGAUGGCCGGCUGGUGGCUGGUCUUGUUGCAGAAUUUCUUCAGUUUUUCAACCUUGACUUCACCUUGGCCGUUUUUCAGCCUGAAACUAGCACAUUUCAAGGUCUUGAAGGUCGAGAGAAUUUAGCCCGAGACCUAGGUAUUAUUGAAGCAGAAGGUACUGUGGGUGGACCUUUAUUAUUAGAAGUGAUUAGACGUUGUCAACAGAAAGAAAAAGGAUCAACCAAUGGGGAGGGUGCGCUAGAUCUCUCUGAUGUGCAUUCUCCACCGAAGUCACCGGACGGCAAGGCGAGCGCACACAGCGGUCCCAGCAAGAUACCAAGGUACACAGGACAGGGUAAGAAGAAGACAAGCAGGCGGAAGUCUGGUGCCAAGAAGGCCAACAGUGAGGCCAGUCAGAGUGACACGAGUCUCUCCUCAUCAGAACCAAAGAGCAGAAGCAGUCUCCACUUGCUGACUCAUGAAACGAAAAUUGGAUCUUUCCUAAGUAACAAAAGUCUAGAUGUCAAAGACAAAGCUGGUCUUUGUCCAGACGGAGAUGAUAUGGAAGGCGAUUCUUUCUUUGAUGAUCCCAUUCCUAAACCAGAAAAAACUUACGGUUGGAGGAGCGAGCCCGGGCCGCCCGCCGGAAGCCUCGCCUCGCUCUCGGACGCGCCCCCCUUGAAGAGCGGCCGCAGCUCCCUGACCGGAGCCCCCGGAGCCCCCUCGUCCGCAGAGGCCGGAAGUAAAAGAGGAAACACGGUUUUGAAAGAUCUGAAGUUGGUCAAUGAUAAAGUUGGAUCUCUUGGGUUAGGGACUGGAGAAGACGACGACUAUGUUGAUGACUUCAACAGUACCAGCCAUCGCUCAGAAAAAAGUGAGCUGAGUAUUGGUGAAGAGAUCGAGGAAGAUCUUUCUGUGGAAAUGGACGACAUCAAUACCAGUGACAAACUUGAUGACCUGACGCAGGACCUGACUGUGUCCCAGCUCAGUGAUGUCGCGGAUUAUCUGGAAGACGUUGCAUAGACACGAAAGGAGGAAGUAUUCUCAUCAACAAAGGACAGAGGACUCUGAUCAGUUGCAUCCCCGCCCACCCCCCCCCCCAACCCGCCCCAGACAAUCACUCUUUGCUGGAAUGUCUGCUCCCUGUUGGUGCCUUGUGUUUCAGAAAAGACUGCACAUAUUUUUAAAAAUUAACUUUUCGUUAUACUAAACAAACGCUUCCGACUUGAGCCCAUGUGUGGAAGAUACAAGUUCUUAAUUUGGUUUGGCUGCACAUUUCUCUGUGGAAAUUGAUUAUCUACAACUCAGACUCCUCACAGGGAGUGAACCCAUGAAAAUACGAGUAUUAAGAGCAUCCUGAAAGGUGUCAAUAAAGCUGUAGGUUCACACAA